UGGGCCUGGCGCGGGGGGCGGGCACCGGGGCCCGAUCGGACAUGGGCAAGAAGCACAAAAAGCACAAGUCGGACAAACACCUCUACGAGGAGUAUGUAGAGAAGCCCCUGAAGCUGGUCCUCAAAGUGGGAGGGAACGAGGUUACCGAGCUCUCCACGGGCAGCUCUGGGCACGACUCCAGCCUCUUUGAAGACAAAAGCGAUCAUGACAAACACAAAGAGAGAAAGCGGAAAAAGAGAAAGAAAGGAGAGAAGCAGAUUCCAGGGGAAGAAAAGGGGAGAAAACGGAGACGUGUAAAGGAGGAUAAAAGAAGGCGAGAUCGUGACCAUGUGGAUAUCGAGGUAGAAAAAGACCUACAGUGCCAGGCCCCUGUCGGAUUAGACUUGCCUCCUGAGAAGCCUCUUGCAAGCUCUUUAGCCAAACAAGAAGAAGUAGAACAGACACCUCUUCAAGAAGCUUUCAAUCAACUGAUGAGACAACUGCAGAGAAAAGACCCAAGUGCUUUCUUUUCAUUUCCUGUGACUGAUUUUAUUGCCCCUGGCUACUCCAUGAUCAUUAAACACCCAAUGGAUUUUAGUACCAUGAAAGAAAAGAUCAAGAACAAUGAUUACCAGUCCAUAGAAGAACUGAAGGAUAACUUCAGACUAAUGUGCACUAACGAUAUGAUUUACAACAAACCAGAGACGAUUUAUUAUAAAGCUGCGAAAAAGCUGUUGCACUCAGGGAUGAAAAUUCUUAGCCAGGAGAGAAUUCAGAGCCUGAAGCAGAGCAUAGACUUCAUGGCAGACUUGCAGAAAAGUCGGAAGCAGAGAGACAGGACAGACACCUCGCAGAGUGGGGAGGACAGCAGCUCCUGGCCAAGAGAGAGGGACGACACUGGAGACGCUGAGGCACAGGGCUUCAAGAGCCCCAAUAAGGAGAAUAAAAAGAAAGACAAAGAUAUGCUUGAAGAAAAAUUUAAAAGCAAUAGUUUAGAAAGAGAGCAGGAGCAGAUUGACCGCAUCAUUAAGGAAUCUGGAGGAAAGCUGACCAGGAGGCUUGUUAAUAGUCAGUGUGAAUUUGAAAGGAGAAAGCCAAAUGGAACAACAACGUUGGGACUUCUCCAUCCUGUGGAUCCUGUUGUCGGAGCUGCUCUCCCAGGAGGCCAGUUUACUGAACCAGGCUAUUGUCCUGUGAGACUGGGGAUGACAACUGGAAGACUUCAGUCUGGAGUGAAUACUUUGCAGGGAUUCAAAGAAGAUAAAAGAAACAAAGUGACUCCAGUGUUAUACUUGAGUUAUGGACCCUACAGUUCUUACGCACCACAUUAUGACUCCACAUUUGCAAAUAUCAGCAAGGACGAUUCUGAUUUGAUCUAUUCAACCUAUGGGGAAGACCCUGAUCUCCCCAGUGAUUUCAGCAUCCAUGAGUUUUUGGCCACAUGCCAAGAUUAUCCAUAUGUUAUGGCAGAUAGUUUACUGGAUGUUUUAACAAAAGGAGGACAUUCUAGAACCCUGCAGGAGUCCGAGACGUCAUAUCCUGAAGAUGAAGGCCAGACUAGGAUACUUGACACAGCAAAAGAAAUGGAGGUUACAGAAGUUGAACUCACAGGGCAUUUAGACUCCAGUAAUCAAGACUAGCUCACAGCACUGAAAGCAGUAACACACUUCGGAGCCCCAAUGGAAGUGUUCGACUCUGAAGAAGCUGAAGUGUUCCAGAGGAAACUUGAUGAGACCACCAAACUGCUCAGAGAGCUCCAGGAAGCCCAGAAUGAGCGUCUGAGCACCAGACCCCCUCCCAACAUGAUCUGUCUCUUGGGUCCGUCAUACAGAGAAAUGCAUCUCGCUGAACAAGUGACCAGUAACCUUAAAGAACUUGCACAGCAAGUAACUCCAGGCGAUAUUGUAAGCACAUACGGACUCCGAAAGGCAAUGGGAAUUUCCGUCCCCUCCCCGGGCAUUGAGAACCACCUUGUCGAUCUAACAGAAGAUUUUGAGGAACCUAAAAACACCGAUGUUACUGAGUGUGAACCUGAUGGGAUUUGAAACUAUCUGGUAUUUGAUUAUAUAUUAUGUAUAUAUUUUUUUCAUUAACUUGGAAAUGCUUUUCAGAAGAUAUUAAAUAUUUGUAAAUUGUGUUUUUAAUUAAACUUUGGAACAGUUAAUUUUAAUGUUCCAGAGAUUGAACUUCUAUUAGGUAAUAAAGCUAAACCUGGA